CCUCUGCUCAGCGGUCGCGGUCCAUGCCAUGGUCACACCGCCCAUGACGAAUUCCACAAAUAAUAAAACAAAAUAAUAAUAAAAAACAGCGAAAAAAAUGAACAAUUAAUGCGAUCCGACACAAUCUGUGCGGUGACCCACAUGCUGUAGCAUGGACAAACUCCGCGGCGGCAGCCUGGUCGGCGGCGGAUCUUCCAGCGGAGUGGGAUCAUCAUCAUCGACGACUCCCGGUCCGGAGCAGCAGCAGCAGCAACUGGAGCAGUAUCCCAAAAACCUGAUCGAGCAAUAUCUAAGGGCCUCCAGCAAGAUCAAGAAGUUCGAGCGGGCCGGUUUCUUCAAACGCUUUGCGCCCAGCGUGGGCGACGUACAGGCGGACUUUCAGCGCCUGGCCUACAGCUUCGAGGAGUCGGGCAUCCUGCAGUACGCGGCCAUGUGUCACAUUGGCUACGCGAAGUGCGAGUCCUACGGCGGCGCACCGCAGCGCGAAUCGGAGGCCUAUUUGCGGGCGGCGAGAUCAUUUUUGGGGGCGCACAACGAGUCCGGGCAGCUGCACCUGCGCACCCGGCACGCGGGAUUCCGGGAGGGGGCCCUCCACUGUUACCAUCGUGCCGCGGAGCGAGCGGUGGACGGAUGCGUCUUCAAGGCGGCCAUUCUCCGGGAGCUGAAGCAGCUGCAGCGCCAGCUGGACAGUACCAGCAGUUUCGCCUCGCCCACCCACCAGAUCCAUGAUCUGGAGUCGAGCGCAGAGCAAUGUGGCCAGCGCGGGGACUUCCGCAGUGCCCUGCAGCACUACGACGACAUUGUGGACAAUGUGUACGAGCGGCGGGGCACUCGCAUGUACGGGGAUCUGUUGCGGCGCGUGGAGGUACUGCGUCUGCUGCUCCUGGUCCAUUUGAAUCUGCCGCCAGCGCGCCAGUCACCCGCCCACAUCAAGCUGAUCGAGUACUACUACAACCUUGCCCAGUUCGAGGCGCGACCGUGCUCCGCUAACGAUGGCGGAUCCGUGGAGCGACCGGGUGUGUUUGUGCCGGAGCAGCAGCAGUAUGCGCUGGCCGAGAUCACGUGUGCCUGGGUGGACCGCAAGAUGUGCGACCUGAAGCACCUGCUGAGCGACUUUGCCACGGAAUUCGGAGCACUGAGCGGCGUAGAGAGGCAGCUGAUCCGGGUCAUGCAUGCGGAACUGGCCAGGAGCUACUAGAUUAUCUAGACUAAUGGUGAUCGUACUGUUCUAGACUAUGCUGUAUGCAGUGUAUUGCCACUGAAUAGCACAUGUAACUAUCGCUUAAGUGUAACCAAGUCUACCAACUAACCUUUGAAACGUGCCUACACGCAUAUAAAACAUUAAUAAAAGAAAAACGAAAGACCAGGUAAAUGAAGCAACAAAGAGGCGGUGCGUAACGCAAUGGAAAUGUAAUAAUAACAUUUAAACAAACACAUUUGAGAACUGUACAAUAAAUAAAGGAAUACAAAUGGAGAUUAA